GUCAGAGCUACGCUGAGAGGAAAGGAGAGAAGGUAAAUCUGAAGGGAACCAGACGAUCUUCACCUUCACCAUGAAGCUGCUGGCUGUCUCUGCUCUGGUCUGCGCCCUGAUGGCUCUGAGUAGAGCUGAUGCUGCUGCAGAGCCAGAACCCCAGGAAGUAAAAGCAGCUGCUGUGGAGCCAGAACCCCAAGCAAAGAAAGAAGAUGCCAGUGUCGCCAAGAGGACAUGCCUCUGGCAUCGGAUUGGUCAUCGCUAUUUCUACUAUGUCUACAACCUUCUGACCUGGCAACAAGCUGAGGCAUACUGCCACAGCCUGGGUGGACACCUGGCAUCUGUGCACUCAUUGUGGGAGUUUCAUCUAGUUCAAGCCUUCGUGAGAAAGCAGACACAUGGAAAUCCAGAAGUUUGGCUUGGAGGCAAUGACAUACAUCAGGAGGGCGUUUGGCGCUGGACUGAUGGUUCCUGUUUCAACUUCCACCAGUGGUGCUGUGGAGACCCAAACAAUUCCAACAACCAGGACUGUCUGCAAAUGAAUUACAGCGUUCACAAAUGCUGGGACGAUAUACAGUGUAAUGUCUUCCGUCCUUCCGUCUGUGCCAGAUUAUGGUAAUCCCAGCUGAAGAACCUGUUAGAGCACCAACACUGGUGGAUGUGUGUUUAUCCAUCACUGGUUGUGCCAUCAUGUUCAUCUGGACCCUGAGCGCUUCUUAAAUCUCUCUAUUUCCUUUCUAACACCGUAACGCUACACAAGGAACGAAGCGACAAGUGAACCAGCAGGAGCUGGAUGGUCUCUGAGGCCUUGUGCCUGUAAGAUCAGACUGAAAGUGAAGGAUGCUUCAUGCAGAAUGUACUCUCUAGAUCAGGGGUGUCAAACUCAACCACAGCAGGGGCCGGAUUCUGGAUUCAGGACUAACCUGA